AGUCAGAAUAACAUGGCCAAUCAACAUUUACCUAGCAGCUGAUUGGGAAGCAUACGUUGUCAGAUAAUUUUACGAUAUAACAUCACCUUUUUGAUUAUUUUUGCAGAAUGAUCCGUGAAUGCCGUGGGAGGAACGAUUUUCACAUCAAUUAAUGAAGUCUGAAGUGUAGGGGCUGAAAAUUUCUUGGUCAUGGCCAAGCUUGCUGUUUCUAAUCCGCUCAGAUAUUGUAUGAUACGCGAGUAUGACCCACACUUUGGCUUUAGAAAACAGUUGCUUAGAGAGAGACUCAAUGUUGCCAGGAAUUUAUACAGAAAAGAUUUAUUUGCUCAUUACGGCUGUGUAAACGCAAUCGAGUUUUCAAAUAAAGGAGAGCUUCUAGUGUCUGGUGGUGAUGACCGAAGGGUCCUUGUGUGGGAUGUGGAACAAGCUAUACAUGGAGGGAAACCACCCCAUGCCAUGCGCACUCAGCACAUCAGCAACAUAUUCUGCCUCAGCUUUGACAGUGCUAACAGAAGGGUUUUCUCAGCCGGGAAUGAUGAUCAAGUCAUUGCACAUGAUGUUGAAACAGGCAACGUUCAUGAUGUAUUCCUUCAUGACCAGCCUGUGUAUGGUAUCUCCAUUGACCCAUUGAAUGACAACGUAUUUGCAAGUGCCUGUGACGAUGGCAGGAUACUUUUGUAUGAUAUUCGUGAACAUGUUAAUCCAGACCCUUUUUGCUUGGCAAAGUACAAUCUGGCGUUCCACGCGGUGAUGUUCAACCCGGUGGAGCCCCGCAUCAUCACCACGGCCAACGCCAAGGAAGGCGUGGGCUUGUGGGACAUCAGGAAACCUCAGCACAUCCUGCUCCAGUACGGCGGGAGCAACGCGUCCCAGAGCUGCAUGAGCGUCCGGUUCAACCAGCAGGGCACGCACAUCCUGGCCCUCCGCCGCCGCCUGCCGCCCGUGCUCUACGCGGUCCACUCCCCCCACCACGUGUGUCUGUUCGACCACCCGGGCUACUACAACUCCUGCACCAUGAAGAGCUGCUGCUUCGCCGGAGAGGACGACGAGUUCGUGCUCUCCGGGUCCGAUGACUUCAAUCUCUACAUCUGGAAAAUUCCGAACUUGAAUGGAACAGGUCAGUGGGUUGAUUCAGCGCACAUGAUACUACGUGGUCACAGAUCUAUUGUGAACCAAGUUCGUUUCAACCCAUCCAACUGUAUCAUCGCAUCUUCUGGAGUGGAGAAAUUAAUCAAGUUGUGGAGUCCAUUUCCAUUACCAGAGUCAUCAGGAGGCUUACAUGUUGAAGCUGACUCUGUUGAAAAACAAAGGAAGGUGUUUUCACAUGAAGAAUACAUUAGUUUGGUUCUGCGAAGUGAACAGUUUAUGUCGCAUGACUACAGUCACCGAUCGACGAAAGAGGACCCGCGCAUGAUGGCGUUCUUCGACUCAUUGGUGCAGCGAGAGAUAGAAGGCUGGAGCUCUGAUGGCAGCAACACAGGCAGCACGGAUCUGUCGACUGUUCUCCUGCCUGAAGUAGUGCACACUCACACCCGCUCAGUGUCCUCCGACUCGGACUCCGCCCACUCAGAAGCAACUCCAAGGGAUCUGCAUGCCCUAGCAGUUGCGUACGUAGAGUCGCUGGAAGAACACGUGGCAGGAACGGCCGACGACAACGCGGAGGCGGCACGAGCGGAGUCCCCGCCCGGCGCGUCCCCCAACAGGAUCUCGGAGCUGAUAGCGAAGAAGCGCAGCCAGCUGGUGCGCCUGGCCCGCACCCGCCCGGGCCCCGGCUCUCGGCCGCCCCGGGACAGCUCGGGGGGCAGCAGCAGCAGCAGCAGCGACAGCGGUCGGGCGGCGGCAGACUCCGACGGCAAGCGACCCCGGACCCGGACGGGGAGCAGGAAGAAGAAGACGAAGUUCCUCCUGGAGUACAGCGACAGCUCGGACGAGGACUGGGACCCCCUGUGGGACGGGAAGCGCAGGCCGAGCGCGAGCGACGGGUCCAACCACGCGUCGGUCUCGCACGACGGCGUGAACUACAGCUGUGCUUCCCGCGGCUCGCGGAGGAACGGGGCCUUCCAGCACAAGAAGAGGUACUUCCCUUACGUCAGCAACACGACCAGCGACUCGGACGGCGGUUCCAGCACUGGCUCCGACGGCAAACGCGAGAAGGCGAAGAAAUCCAGUUCUAAAAGAUUCAAGUAUUUAAGCGGCGGCGAGUCGUCGACGAAAAACGAAUCCGACGUUGAUGCCAGAGAUAUUUCCUCGUGUGAUUCGUCCGAAGCCAGUGACGGUAGUUACAGAAGGUGUGCGAAAUCUAGUGAAGUUCCUAUGCAGACGGUUGAAGAUGCCUUAAUUACACUUAGCACUCAGACGAGCCAUAAUUCGAGUACUGAAAGGAGUGACGUGGUCGACCCGGACUGUGACGGCGUGUACGAGCGUGAGGAGGAGGUUGUGACGCCGAACGGCAAGCGGUACGAGGGUGUGCUGGGCACUCCGGACAGCGGGAUCGUGGUGACCUGCAACAGUGGCACCAGUGCGGUGAACUAUGACGGCCAGCAGAGGAGCAGCGAAGUGAAAAGUAACGGGGAGGCGUGUAACCAAGUCACUUUCAGACGGUUGAAGAACAACAACAACAUAAACCACCGCAUCACCAGAAAUUUCCGUAAACGCAUUUGUGAUUCCGACUCAAACUAGCCCCCGUGAUACGUGCUUCAAUAUAAUUUCAGUUGAGUAUUUAUAUUUGCGCAGAAAAGAGUUCCUUGUCAAUUUUGUAAUAGUCAUCUGCUUCUGUUUACGUAGAGACUUAUUACCCGACAUGCUGAUUGUGUAAUAGUGAAUGAUUUCAAAUAUGUAUCCUUACACAAAUGUCUAAAAAUACAUGUGUGGGUAUAUAUAUUGUGUGUGCAUAUUGUAUAUACAAUAAUACAAAAAAAUUUUUUAAUUGAUCUACGCUUAGAUUUUUUUUAAAUGAUGGCGUGUAAAAAAAUCAGAUAUUUGACAGUUGAUUAGGCUAUUAAGCUAGUCAUGUUGCUGUUUUGAUGUUAUCAAGUGAUAAUGAAAAAUAUCAUAUACUAUGCAAUAUUUAUAAAAGCUGACUUUUUGUUAAUACAUCCAUUUGCCUGGUAGCUUUGAAUAGCUCCACAAUUUUCAGUGUUUGUAAAGGUUCUGUGAAAUGUAGCUAUAAAAUAACUAAAAUGCUACAUAUCAUGGUGUUACUAGAAUGAUUUAUUUUUUCCGGUGUAAUCUGAAAGUGCUGGUUUAAAAGUGCUCUUUAUAUGCAUACAAUAACUGUUUUACUUUCAUCCAACAUGUUUUCUAAUCCUCCUAAGCCUUUUUAUCUAUUAUAUUGAAUCAGUUAGUGUGUAUUGUGUUUGUCGGUAGUUGUUGUAGUGAGGCCUUGGGAAAGGAGUUUUUUGGGUGUACAUGUAAUAACAAUAAGUCGAUAAGCAAUGUAUCAUUUUCCAGAAAAUCAUAGGCUAUUAUGUCACUUGUGAAGUGGUACUCAUUUACGCUUUCUGUCAUUAAAUAAUCUAUUUAUUAAGGGAAGGGAAUGUUUGUCCAGUUUUCAUAAAAAAUUUUAUUUUCAGUCAAAUAAAAGAUCAUUUAUGCGGAAUUAAAAUUUAUUCUGUAAACCUAAUAUUUAUUGUGUAAACCUAAUAUUGAUGUUUUCUGUCCAGGAGAAAAGAAAAAUUAAUUUUGAGGAGGCAUUGUAAUAAACAAUUUUACCUGUCAUUUGCUGAUACUUUGGCUACAGAAAUAUUGUACAAAACUUAACAUAUUUCUAUUAAACCUAAUCAGCUGACAUUUUUCAAAACUUUCAAACUUAUAGUUCCAUUGAUUUUAUUUAUUUUGUUAAUCAUGAAAAUUGUUUUGUAUACUGUGCUUCUAUUUGAGAUUGUACACAAGUAAUUUGUAUUACUGAAGCAUAAGAUAAUUAUAAAAAAAAUCCCUGUUUGUCGACAUAGAUCAAUUUUUUUUAGGACUGGAUUAAAUAUAUUUGAUAAAGUUAAUGUUAAGACCGGUCAUACAUAAGAAAACAUUUAUUUACCUACAAAUGGAUUGUGCCCAGGUUGCUGGUAUGUUAAUUCUGUAAUUUCUUUGAGACACUUUUUUUUAAACUAUUUUCAUAUCAAAUUCAUUAGUAAGACAAAUUUAGUAUUUUUUUUUUAACACUGCUACAUAAUGUAAUGUAGCAGCUGUAACGUUUCACUUUGAAGUUUUCCUUCUUAAUUUGUGCAGUUAUCAACCAGAAAUUGUUUACAGACAAACUUGUUUUUGGCUAUUUAUGGUUACAUUGUUAAUACCAACUUAAUAUAUUUUUGAAUACUUUAACAGCAAAGUUGUCAAAGGUCAAAAUACUUAAAUGCCAAUAAACAUGAGAAUUUUUAUAAAUGACAAGUGAGCAUUGAUAGGUUGCUACUUGGCAGCAGCUCACACACAACACACUCACUCAUACAUACACACAUACACACACUGCCAGUUUUAAUAUUUAAAACUAUAUUGCAACGCAAGCGUUGCUAGUUUUAUUUUUAAUGUAUCUAUCUUAUUGUUUUAGUUUAUAUUUCUUUUGCUUCAAAAUGAACAAAUUUUGCAGGUGGACUUGCCAAGUGUAGACGCGAAAGUAAGUUUUAUUAACCAUAGUAUUUAUUUGUUGCUACACGACGUGAAUGAACGAGAGUAUAAUACUAAAUUGUGUGUUUAGUUUAAAGUUCACAGACAACCAAUUUCCUCCCCUUAUCAUUCCUUUAGUGUACACUCCAAGGCCUAUGAGCUAUGAUGUAAUGAUGACAUUAGCUUAGUUACAUGGACUGUGAAGACACAAACUCUUAGCCAGUAGCGAUUUGUUUGUGUUUAGUGCUGCAUUCAAGCAUUCAACAUUUCUAACACUUAUUAUUUUGAAAACUUAAAUGUACAUGUCACUUGAUGACAUAGCCAAGUAAUAAGCAGUAUCUAUUUUCAGCAUGUACUCUAUACAUCAGCUAUGUUAAAAGCUUGUUUUGUCAAUUCAUUGUUUACAUUUAAACACUUUAUUCAUAACUACAGGCACUGCAUUGGUGUUGUCCCACUUAAUCCCUUAUUUGAGGCAAGAAAAAGUAAUAAUUGCUGGAGAAAAAUGUAUACGCUGUAAUUUUAUGGUUUUAUUUUGCUGUUCAAAAUCUGUAAGCAUAAUAAAUUAAACUCAUUUGUUAUUGUCACAUAAAUGAAAAAUUUCUGUGGAAAAAUCUUAAUUUGAUUUGGCAUUUUGUGGUUAUAGUAGAAAAAAAAAUGUGUUAAAAAGCAUAUUAAAAUUAAAACUUUGGAUAUAAUUGUAUAGGAAUGAACGUUUGUUGUUUGCAUAUGGCCUCAUAUUUUCCCCACUUAUCUGAGUUAAGCGUUACAUUCUUAUUUGCUUACUUAAUUGGUUUUUAAACUCUUUGUCUGAUUUAUGAUUAUUAUAAACGCGUAAUUGUGUAAGUCGAAGCAACAUGCAUGGGUGAUACAUUAUCAACAUACAUAUUAAAUAUAAAAAUAAUUAUAAUUUGUCAGAUAUUGUCACUAGUUGGUAAUAAUUAAAACUGUAUUUUGGUCUCCUUACCUGGUACAAUAGUUUUUCAAUAUACUCUCUCCGCACAAAUGUUGUCAAUGAUUUUCAAUGAUUGUGUUUAUGUGCAUGUUCAAGAAAAUAUGUAGGCAGGGGGUAUGGGUCUAGGAAUUUGGCAAGCCAAUUCCUAUGCAUGUGUUUUCUCGUGAGUGGUGGUGUAAUCUGAAUCAGAAUAGAAGAAAUGGGGAAUCCGCUCUCCCUUAACUAUCAUCCGUGUUAAACUUCUUGCAAUUAAAUGUUAUAAUGCAGUUCAACUGUCAGCAUGCUUAGUUAACAAGGAAAAUAUUGGUUAGCACUUAUACAACUGAAAAGAAAAAAAUAGCUGUGUGUGUACUUUGAUACAUAAAAGCUUGUUUCUUCUGGUGAAUUUUGUCUUCAGUUUUAUUAUACUUUGUGUAGUGUUUGUGUUCAGCAUUAAAUGUUAUAUGUACACUCAUACGUAUUGCUUCUUGCAUAAACAUCCUUUGCAUUGCUGCGUAAUAACUGCGUGUGCAUCUUUUGUGAGAUUGCAUUUCUUAACAUUAGUUCUAGAAAACUUCUUUGAGCAGUUAUUAAAAUAUAUUGUUGUAGGAAAGUUGAUCUAUUAUCACUGUUGAUGAAUUUACAAUCUGAUACAAUUACAGAUUUUGCGCAAAUAAUAGUAAUGAUGAAUGGAGGCAAAUCCAAGGAUAGGAAAUCAAUCACCAAGUGAAAACUUCUCAAGAAGUGACCUGUAAGUAUCGGUUGUCAUCUGGAGCAUUAUCAAUGUGCGAGUUGGAUUUUACUUGACAGCUGUCCUACUGCUUGGUCCCUCCCACCAUGUUGGCUUUUUUUUGUCAUUACUAUUAUUUGAGAGUUUUGCCUGUUAAUACUUCACAAUAGCUGUUUCUUCUCGAAUUUUCUCAGCAUAUAUUUACUAAAAAUAUUACCUAUUAAAUAGACAUGAGCCACUCAAAUCUUUAAAUUCUCAAAUCCCAUCAAUUCCUUAGUAUUUCAAGGAUUCAACAUUUGAGGAAAAAGAUUUGAAAAAAAAAAAAAAAAUAGAGAAAAGGAAGUAAAUUAAAAAAAAUAACAUUAAUAACCUCUUGAAGUUUACUGGGUAAAUUAUUUUCUUCAUUCCUAUCCUGUUACCAUUAACUAAGAUAUUGUGCUUUUAACGUGUAGUUAAAUAACUAAAAUACGUGUAUUGAUUAUGUACACUUCAGUUUGUAAAAAAAAAGAAAAAAAGAAAAAAAAAUGAGUAUUUCAACAUCAUGGUUUUUUUUUUCUAAUUUUUGUAUGUUGUUGUAUUUUUGACCCUUGAGACCUAGAUUUGGAUUCAAGGGGUAUAUUCAAUGUGAUAUUUGGGAUUCGAAUUCAAGAUUUGUAUUAGAGAAAAUUGGUGAUUUUACCCAUCACUACUAAUAACUGUAAACUGAUCAAGUAGGUGUUCAUAAUUGUGAUCGCUUUUGUGACCUUUUAGAUUAUGCAAAUAACGUAUAGUAAAUAUCUGGUGAGAAAAUUAAUGGCAUUAAAUUUAUAGAAAAAAAAAUCCCUUAAUAGUACUGACAAGAAAAUGAAGUAACUCUUUGUUACACUGAGGUUUAACGACUAUUGACAGUGAAUAGUCUUCCUUCAUUGUACCUCUUUGUAACGUGCUCUUUCAUGUUAAAGACUACUACUGUGCAGUGCCUUCAUCUGGCUUUUGGAUCUCCCAAGGGAAGUUAUGUUUUUGCGAAGUAUGGUUUGGUAGAACCUGUACUGUGCAUCUGAGUGUGUGUUUGUGCCAAAUAUCUACAGUGCGAAAGCAGCUUUACAUAUUGUUGACAAAGUUAUUGACGUAAGACACACACAUAGGUACGUACUCAAAAGUAGUGAUGUACCGAUGUAAUCGUGUAUUGUAUUGGCAUAUAUUUUCAAUUUUUUGGAUUUCCAAUAUUACAGUUUCCAACUGAUACUUAAACAACAGAAACACAUGAAAAAAGUACAAUUUCAUCCAUUCAGAUGUUGCCCAUCUUUACUAUUUACUGGUUUUAGUUCCUUAGUUGUAUUUUACUCCAAUUUUUCUGUAAUAUUAGACUAUACUUAAAUUUUUGUUAGUUAAUCAAAGGCAUUAUGUGUAUUGAGCUCUGCACAAAUUUUAUGCGGUAAAAUACUUUUUUGUCAUUUACCAAAAUUGUUUUACAAAGACGUUUAUUAAUGUAUUUCCUUAUUCCUUACGACUAUUGAAUUUCUGGAGACUUGGAUGGUGUUCAUUUACAAAAAGUAUUGAAUAAAUUUUCUAAAUUGUAUUGGUUAUCGGAUCUGUGAAAGAAAUGUACUAGUAUUUGGAUGUGUAUCGGUUUUGAAUUCGUAUCACCUAUUGCUACUCAAAACAACACAAAUCAGAAAUUAUUUUAUUAGGAAUUGGCUAUUGCCCUUUGUAAAUAACUGUCCCACCAUUUGUAUGCAGUGAUUUCAAGACACCAAAGAAACUUAAAAUCAAAAUAGCUGAACCGUGAUUUGAUAUGGGGUUCUCCGGAUUGCAAUUUCAGUAUAGUACCACCUCACACCGUUAGUAUGUGAUGGCCGGAGGAGAAUUACUUAUUUUUAACGUGACACCUGAUUAUCAAGAUUAAUAAUAUAUGUACCUCUUAGGUAAAACAUUUCUUACAGAAAUUAAUUUCUUGCAAAAUUAGUGGUAGUUUACUUUAUUUACAAGUAGGUAAAGAAACUCAGCCAUUACUAUUCUUUGCCCAUACUUUUUUGUAGUAUAUUAUUAUGAUGCUAAUGGUACCAAUCAGAAAUGUUUAGAGCUUAAAUGAAAUUAGUUUUUUUCAUUGAACCAACUACAACUAAAUAUAUAUUUUUUGUUCAAACUCAUUCGGAACCAAACAUCUAAUCUCAAGCUGAACUUUUUUCUUUUUCAAGUCAAAUUUUUAUUUCUUUUAUAUUUAAGUAUUUCUGUUCUUUGUCAAUAUUAACAAAAAUGCUUAAUUUGUUGCAUUCUCAUUUCUAUCAGGCAUAGUGUUAUUUAAGAGCACACUUUAUAAGUUAUCAAACAAUGUUUUCAAUAUGUUGAUUUAUCUGUUUCCUAAACAUUAAACACACUUUCAAAAUAGCUAUGAGCCCAUAACAGUCACAUGGGGUGGCUAAAUCAUCAUUGUUUUAGAAAGGGUCAUAGGAAUGUGUAAUUUUGUCACUCACAGUAAUGAGAUAAAAAGUAAAAAUUAAUUUUUAAGUCGUAAAACUUACAUGCAUACCUUGAUAAGUAUAAGUUUUCUUACAAAAAAAACUUACAUCUGUAGCAUAAUCACGAAAUAUAGUAGUGUACCUUACUAUCUAAUAAUACCUAUACAAAUAUUGCUGUUUGAAAAUUUCCCUUAUUGCUAGGACGUAGUAUUGAACCGAGGACACUUGAUUGUUGGAUGCUAGUAAAUCACCAACAGAUCUGUCGUAAAUAAUCAAAACUGUUAUGUUAUUAAUCUGCUGUGAGCUUACAAACUUUUUAUUUGGCAGGGAAAUAAAUUUAAUUUGCAAUAUGUAUUCCUGAAUACUGUAAAAUCAUUAAAAAAAAAAUACUUUGUAGUUCAUGAAAAAAGUUAAAAAUAAUGUAAAUUGAAGUACUAACUGUAUUUGAAAAAAUAAUCAUUACAUUAAAGCAGUAAUAAAUGAUGAAAUAUUGUGUUGUAUUCAGUACCAUAUUUUUUUAUUUUGCGAGAAAUUAGCAUGUUUUAGGUUUUUUUUAUCUUUACUACUUUUAUUUUAUUUUGGUUGUACUGUUGUGUACCUAUUUCUGACUGACUGUAUACAUAUAAUUUGAAGCUUAAAUUAAUUUUGCUGUGUCUUUAUUGAAGUAUAUUUGUGGCAUUUUUUCAUGAACACUAUUUAGUGGAAGGAAAUAUGUAUGUGUGGAGUGCUUGCCUAGUGUGGCAUACACCAUUGAAGUUUGAGUUGAACAACUUUUUUAUUGCAAAUAAUGGAGAAAGUAUUUAAGGUGGAACACUAAACAUAUGUUUAGUGUUUAAUUAAACAAAUUUCUACAACCAACGCAAAAUUAUUCGCUGUUGUAACUAAAAAUUUAACUGAUUUAAUUGGGGGUAACACCAUUAUUUUUAAUACUUUUCUCAUGUGUUAUAACGCAUAAUUUUUUCCAUUAAAUAAUUUAAUGGCAGCUACAAGUUUUGAAGCAGUUCAAGAAAUAUGUUCAAAAAAAAUUUAGAACUUCAGCAUUCUAUUUUAAAUAUUUUCUCUAUUAUGUAUUUGUAACAGAAAAGUUUGGCUUCAUUACUUCAAAGGCUUCUACCUGCCGUGAGAAGCACUCUAGACUAUAGUCAUUACGUGUUUUCAACUUAUUUUUGUAUAAUGAACCUGCAGCCAAAUUUUGUCGGUCAAUAACUAAUCUGUAGGGACAAUCUUUUAUGGUUUUAUUUUAAGAUCAAUUUCAUUUUUAAAACAGGAGAUUUCGGUGAUAUUGUUUUUAUUUUUAACAUUGUCUUUAUUCAUAAAAAUAAUUUACUAUUUAACAAAUACAAAAAUAAAAUAUUUCUUAGUACUUAUUUAUAUUUUACUAAAUAGUAUCAUUUGGACUGACAGACAUGAUGCUCUUAUACAUCACAAUUAUUAGAAAUAACAAUAAUGAUGUCUAGAACAGAACUAAUCAGAAAAAUAUAUCUGUAAAUUUUUAUGUCUUUGAAAAAUGUGCCAAUGUCAUUAAUGUAAAAUAGUGUUAUUAGUAAAAGAGGUUCAGAAUCAAACAACGUAAUAUUAAUUUUUUCUAACUGUUUACUAGUACAUAUAUUUUGGUACAAAAUUAUAGCUAAAUAAAAUACAUCCAAUGAAUUUACUAUAGUAAAAUAUUAAAUUUUGCAGUUCGAGUUGAGUUUUGUCAAAUUGCUGAUAGUUUUCACAUUUUUAGUUACAUUUCGGUGCUAAAUGGUGUAUGAAAUGGUACUUCGGUGUUUCACUGUACAGUUUGUAAGGUUGAAGGCUCCCAGAAGUUUAGUCAGUGAGGCCGAUGCUUAUGAUUGCAGAGCAAGUUUUCUUGUAAGGAUUUCUCCUUGUGAGAUUCUAGUAAUGUCUCGAUUGAAUGAGUUAAUGUGGACCGCAGUUACUCGGAGCAACAAAAUUUCAAAUAACAUGGCUGUAAUUCCAAAAAUUGUCAUGGUUUCUUGGUUGGUCCAGUGAUAUCAUUUUUUGGGGUAACAUUUUUCCAGAAUUUCUUCAGUGUAAAUUCUUUCACGUCACUUCAUGAUUCGCUUAACCAGUAAAUUACAUCAUUGAGGUUAGUUUUGUUAAGGCUUUUGUGAACUGUUAGAUCUUUUUCUAGGUCCUCAAGCAAAUAUUUUGGUAUUGUCUGUGCUGGGAAUGGCAAUUUAGGUCUACUCAUAUAAACAGAAUCUUGGUUAGUCAAAAGCUUGGUUGAUCACGACUCUGCUGUAUUAAUUAUUAUAACUGGGUUACCAUUAGGCCUAUGCAAAGCUUAGUCUAAGCGAAUCAAUCAAAGCUAUUUCUAACAUUGGAUUUGAUUUUUCCAGGGAAUUUGCUAUUCGUUUUAUCUGAAGCUUCUGUUGUGAUGCACAGAGCUUCGCAUCUGAUGUGAAGUUUUGUGUUUGCUGCAAAGCUUUAAAACAUUGGAAGCCUUAUAUUUGCUAAUGAAAAUAGUUUUUUUUUUGGUUGUUGUUGUGUAUACAAGCUGUUUUAAAAGUUUGGACUUGAGGUUGUCUGAAGAUUUUUCUGUAUGGAAAAUGGAUAUGGUGAAUUUUCCCCUGCCAACGAUGUAUGGCAUGGACAUACUGGAUCAGCUAAAAAUUUUUUGUUUAUUUUCAUACAUGUCAGUUUUAUCACAAUUCAGCGUAAAAUCAUAUACCUACACUUAGCUUAACUUUGAUUGCAGCAAAGUUUUUGCACAUGGCUUUUUCUCAUAGUUGAUGGUGUGCAUGGUUUUUUCUUGCUCAUUCUGUUUAUUUUCCUUCAUCCUUUAUUUUUGAUUUUGGUGUGUAACUGCUUUUGGUUUCAUGCCUCAUUCUUCAAUCAACUUUCUUGCUUUUUCUUCCUUCUCCUCUUCUUUGUGCUACUACUUCCAAUUGAAUUUAAGUUCCUCACUCAAAAUGUUUGGAAUAUACUCUUAGUUCAAUAACUCGUGAAUUAUUUAGUAGAUACAUAGCAUUAGAUCUAAAAGCAGUUCUCCAUAAAUUAACUAUUAUUACCCUCAACUUUUGUAGAAAUUUCCAUGUAUUGGCAGCCAUUUUUGUGCAUUCGUGCUCAUGGGUCAUUAAUACACAUAGCAUAGCUAUAAAUUUUACUGAUUUACAGAAAGGUAUUAACUUAUUCUUAGAUUAUAAUCAAUUCUGUAUUACAUUAAUUUUUGAAUGCAGUGCACAAUAAGUUCUGUAUCAAUUUCAUUGUAAUUGAAUUUAUAACAUUUAAUAUUGUUAAAUGGGCAAUUCUGGCACACUAUUAAUUUGAAAUGUGAAUACUUGUUUGUAGUCGUUCAUAUUAUAGAUUUUCAGUUACCUAUAGAUAUGAUUUAAUAGUUUUCAGAAUAUUGUUAGAAAAAAAAUUAAAGAAAACCUGGGCAGAACAAGUUUUCUUUACUGUGCAAUUUGUAGAAAAAAUUGUAAAAUAACUUUUGGAUCUAUAAAUUCUAGAAUAAAUAUUUUUUGUAUUUUAUAGCUACGAUUUUGGUAAGCAACCGGUAAUGGGCAUUGUGUGUACCAUUUGCCUCAGAGUUGGAGGUAAAUGACAAUUUUAAAUGUGACAUUAACAUUUGCCAAUGUUUUGUAGAUAUCAACUGGAAUAGUUAUUAUGUACAUACAAAUAUCUUGUGCUUUAACAUUUAUGGUUGGUUUUGCUACUACAAUCACAGAGAUAGCAAGUCUCAUGUUUUUGAGUCUGUAAGGAUGUGAAUGAAUUAUUGAGGUGCAGUAUCUUCCAUGAUGAAUGUACUCUGUCUGCAUUAUAACAGUAUUUAUUGAUUAUUGUACUGAAUUUGUAAUGACUUGAACAUUGAAAUUAUUUGAAAUAAAGGAUUGGACUGUAAAAAGUGAUAAACUAGUCCGAAUCACUUGAA